AUGGCGACGCGACCGGGUGAAGAGAACGUCGCGACGCUCUUUGGAGACAUACACUACUUUUACGGCCCCGAGACCGACGACCCGCCGCACCACCGCUUUAACAAGGGCUCGUACGUCUAUCUCUUUGAGAACGCGCAGGAGGGCCGCGCGCGCAUCGAGAUUGCCAACCACCCAGGCACUGAGCGACAGGAUGCGUUUGACGGCUUCCUCGACGCCACCGCCGUCACCUACUCGUACAAACACAGCUGCAUGGUGUCACUCGUCGUCAUCGCUGCACCGCCCAACCAAGACGAGUGGCACCUGCCCACGUACGACCCCUCCAACCAGAACAUCUACCACUACCAACUGCACGCCGUGGACAUUUACUUUUGGACGCACCUCGACGCUCUCAAAUUUGUCAAUGGCGUUCGCCGGCUGCUGCCGACAAACCAAGUCGACAUUCGGGACGAGCCGGCCGUCCCGGCGCCCCCACCCCCGCCGCAGCCGAAGCACUACCCAGCGCCGACGAGCGACACCAACGGCAACAACAGUGCCGGCCCCGUCAGUGGACCGGGCGGCAACAAUGGCCUUGCCCAUGUCGUGCAGAAGCUCGAGACCGUAGCCAUUAAUGGUGGCCCCGCAGGUAGUACACCCGCCCCACGGAGCGGGCCGGUCCCGGCUGCCGAGCUCUCGUUUGCGGGACCGCCCACAUCUGCUGCGUCGGACGAAAGAGGAGGCUCAACAUCGCCUCCGCAGCGGCAGCAGCAGCAGCCGGCGCCCGCUGCCUUUGCCUACAAUCCGGCGGCACCCGCCGCCCCAGAGACCAUUCGGCCACGCGAGAAGACGCCGCCGCCUGAUGACGUCGUGGCCCAAAACCCCCUGCAGCAGAGACUCUACCAAGACGCCGCCACGCCGUUUAGCCCUGGCCUGGUAGUUCCCGCUGGCCUGGGUCCUCUGAGCCCCGGAAUCCCCCCGCCGUCGCUGCACGCGUCGCCUGGUGCGCCGUCAUUCCCUGCCCCGCCUGCCUACACCAGCACAGCCCCUACGCCCGCAGGCGUUCCACAGCAGCAGCAGCAGCCGCAGCAACAGCAGGCACAGCAUCCCGGUCUCGUGCGCGCGGCCACUCUGCCAGUCACCUCGCCCUCGCCCUUCAACCCGGCCGCCAGCUUCCCUGCCUUUUCACCGCCGCCCACGACGGCUACCGCUCCACCGCCCUCGACCACCACUGCUGGUGUGGGUGGUGGUGCUGCCAGUGCAGGCACCCCGGCGGCUCUCUACCAGGCACCGUCCGAGGCCGGUUUCAGCAACUACAAUUACGGCAAGGCGGGUGGUAGCGCCGCCGGCACAACCGACUUUUCCAUUCACCAACAAAUGUACCGGCCGACGCACGGCGAGGCCGUGUCGCAUACGCCCAAACAGGAUCCACGGGGCAAGCUGGAGGAGACGGCGGGCCGGAUAGAAAAGGGCAUGACGGGGAUGCUCAAGAAGUUUGAGAAGCGGUUUGGGUGA